AUGGGCCGCAGCAGAGAGCUCUCGAGUCUCGUGUGCUUCCCUGCUGCCAAGGGCAACAACAAGGCGAUGCAGUAUCUACUCGACGAAGGGGCUGGCGGGCCAUUCGAGCAGGCGAUGCUCAACCCUGCGAGCUUCACCCCGCUUGCUCUCGCCAAGAACAAGUUCGAGGUGCUGCUGUUCCUACACGAGCACCACCCGGAAGCCUUCACGCCCGACUUCGUGCGAAGCGCCCGUCUGCCUAUCACGGGACUAUUGACGCCAAGCGAUGUCCAGAUCCAAAACUGGUUGAAGCUACACUACCCCGUGUCAGACAUCUCCCAACUUGCAGGAGGGCUUCCUGAAAGAGUGGCGCAGCAGAUCGCGAGGCAACAGGCGAAGACCUGA